AUGUAUGCUAAAGAAAGGUCUGCCCUAGGGGUAUUUGCCAUUACAAGGGGACAUUCCCAAAGUCCAUCCAUGCAAUACAUACAGCAGUCACAGCUGAUGCCUAUGCCUGGACAUGGUCAAGAAUGGGGAGAAGUGUUUGCUUACUUGUGGACUUGUGGGGUACUGAUGAAGGAACUGUCCAUACUUUACAGCACAAAUUAUUCAUCUGUAACUACUGUUCUUGGACAGAGGAUAUUUAGAGAAGAAAAUUCUGAAUUAAGUCCCUGUAAAGGUAUCUCACUUCCACCUUCACCAUGCCGAUUGCACAUGAGGUCCAAGAAAAUGGAACACAAUAAAAGUGUGUACCUUAAGCCACAAGAUCCUGAAUACAAUGAUACAGUGCAAAGAAAAUCUGAUGGGACUCUGGGAUCUAUCAGCCAGGUAAAUAUUCAAGACAAAUCUUUACAGAAGUCAACAGACGUCCAAGGACAAAGUGUACAUAUGCGAAAGAAAUCAGAAGAUUCACAGUUGAACAAUAAUUGCUCACAUCCUGUAGACUUAAGGACCACAAGUUAUGUUCCAGCUUCACAGGAACCACUAUGGAAAGAAAAUUUUAUCUUCCAUCUUACCAGCCACUUAAAAUACCUUAAUAUUGGAGUUUGGGCUUAUGAUGAUGAAAUUCCACAGGAUUCUGGUUCAAAAAAUUCAUUAAAAAGAACUACAAAGGAUAAACUAAUUGGAAGGACCAGUAUUUCCUUGGUGGACAUCUUGACAGAGUGUUCUACUAAUACCCGAGGUUAUCACAUCGAGCAAUUUCAGCUGAAACGUCCAAACAGCAACCCACUUCCAAAAAAGUUACAGAGGUAUGCAACUCAUUCUGGUUUUGACCCUUGUUUGUGUUAUGGAGAUAUUCUUUUGACUUUUGAAAUCAAACCGAAUAAAGAGGACAAAAAUAACGUUUUGUCAAAAUCAUCCAAAAAAGUAUUGGUAGGGAGCAAAGAAUCUGAGCUUAAAAGAAAUUCAAAUUUUGGACCUCAGGAAAUCCCAGAGAAAUACCCAUACAAACCACCUGAAAUAAUGUACUGUGAUUCAGCUCCAGAGUCUGAAGAUGAAGGUUUAUUUGCUGAAACUGGAAAUGAUAGCAUCAUAUCAGUAAACCAUGAUUUUAUUGGUACCCACUUUCAUUCAGCAACUCUUUGUAAUUUCUGCGACAAAAAGAUAUGGUUGAAAGUGGCUUUCCAAUGUAGGACCUGUGCAAUGAUAUGCCACAAAAAAUGCAUUGCAAAAUGCCAAGCCCAAAGUUUAUGUUCAAGAGAAGGUGCCAGGAAAAUAGCUCUACCACCCACUUUAUCACCUAGAAAAAUCUCAUUAGGGCGGCUUCACAGUCGUGAAGUUGCAGUGUCCACUUGUGAGCCAGUGAAAAAACAAGCUGAUCAAAUCAAUCUACAAAAACAGGAAGUGACAAAUACUUUUGACAAACAUGUUAUGUCAUCCACAGAUGAAGAUUCAGGUUCACCUAAGGUUAGGAGAAGAAAGCUUCAGAAUUUAUUAUCCAGUCUGACACAGACAAAGACAACUUUGCCUAGAAGUGGAUCUGUUCAUAAUCUCGCUCCUCCAACAGAACAGCAUGCACCCCUGUCUAAAAGUCUGCCACCAUCUCCUCAACAUUCACCUGCUCAGAGCAGAAAGUGCUCACUUCAAGACUCUUCUGUUAUCCUAUGGAAUACAUAUGAUCCUGAAGAAAAUGAUCUGGAUCAAUUACUUGAACAAGUACUCAUCUUACCACAUGAUGAAGGAAUUCUAUCACUAGCUAAGGAGAGAGGCAAGACAUUGUAUAGUAAUCUGUCUCUUGAGAAUAGGAAAAUCAAACUGAACAUAAUGAUGGACUUUGAAUGUGUGAUUAAAUUGCAACUAAUGAAUUAUGUUUUGAUUUAUCUAUAG